UUUGGAAUCUCGUAAACGAUUAUAUUAAAAAAGAAGGGUCUAUCAUUGUCGCGACUAUCUCGUGUAAAGAUGAAAUUGAUAACCAGGAGAUAGUUUCUCUUGCAAAGAUGGUGGAUCCGUCAGGGCUUCGUACGCUUGGUGUUCUUACCAAGCCUGACAUGAUUGAGCAAAAUACCCACGAACCUUGGUUAAAAAUCAUGAAAGGCGAAGCCCAUAAACUUUCAUUAGGAUAUUAUGUCAUUAAAAAUCCAAACAAAAAACGGUUAAUGGAAAACAUCACUUUCGAGGAAGCUAGAGAAGAAGAAAUCGCUUUCUUCGAAAAUGAAACGCCAUGGAGAGAUAAUUAUGAAAUUAACGAACGCAUUGGCGUCAAGAAAUUACAAUCGAAACUUUCAGAUCUCUUAAUUAAAGCUAUCAUGAAUGAUCUCCCGAUAAUCAAUAAAGAGAUCCAAGAAAAGCUAUCGAAAGUGCGAGAGGAAUUGGAGAAUAUUCCAGAGCCACUUGGCGAAAACUCGAAAAUGGAACUAUAUUCUAUGAUUAAAAAAUUUUCUGAAAAAAUAAAAGAUGAAGUAGCAUGUUCGAGUGAGAGCACCGAAUUUUUUAGUUAUAUUGUUAACGAGUUCAAAGAAUUCAAGCGAAAGCUCUGUUCCACACGAACAAUUUUCCAUGCUUGUAAGAAAAAUUCGAAGGAAACGGUCAAGUUUGAUAUGAUGGAAGAGUUGGUUAAUGAUCAAGAACAAGCUACACACAUCACCGAAGCCCAAGUCACCGAUCAGAUUAAUAAUGCACGAGGUAAAUUACUCCCAGGCAUAAUCCCACAUUCAGUAGUGACAAAAUUGAUCCGAAAUGACCAGAACAAAUGGAAAAGUGCAUCUCAAAGAUGCUUAGAUCAAGUACAUGGGAUCACGACAGAUUUAUUAAAACGGACAGUAGAUGAAAACUUUUCUAGAUUCCCGGUCUUGCAUGUGGAAACAAUGAUCCACGCGAAAAAAUUGCUCGAUAACUGCAAGAAAGAAACAACAAAAUAUAUUGAAUUCAUGUAUGAACAAGAACGAGAUAAUUAUCCAUUCACUUUGGACGAAUCAACAAUGCUAAUUAGAAAAGCGAAAUGUCUUCUGAAACUUAACGAAACUGUAGAACACGAAGGGAAGGAACCUAAAGACAGCUUGGAAGUUAUGGCCUCUGUUAUGGCAUAUCUUAAAGUAUCACUUAGCCGGUAUGCGGAUAAUGUUUCCAUGGUUAUUAAUCGCACUCUUGUUGAAAAAUUUGCAAAUAUAAUUGAAGAAAAUUUGGUCGAAAUAUUCAUUUCCAAUGGCGAUAAUUGUGACGUCAGCGAGCUACUUUUAGAGGAUAAGACCAUUCAUCGUCGUAGAGAAGAGCUUCGUAUAGAGGAAAAUAAUAUGAAAGAAAUGAUCGAUAGUCUUGUUAGGUUUGGUAUAAAGUAA